AUGGCAAUGGAAAUCGACCACUAUUACACUCAACGAGACGAGCUUAACCACCAUUUCCCUAUGUCCACAACUCCGGCAUCUUCUUCCCCUUUGUCGCGCUCUACUAUCUCCACACGGGACGCUGUUAUUUCCAAGGAAGUCCCUCACACCACCUCGAAUCCUUCAGCUUCCAGCCUGGGAAAGAUCCGGAUCCCACCGCUAUGCCAACGCAACCUGAACCAUGAAUUAUUACUGGGCGAUCCCUACGAGCUGGAAGAAUAUGACGAAAAUGAUGAGCAGGUCGACAGCUUCUUGGAGAGCAUCGCAUUAGGCACGCCGCGAAAAGUUGCGGGAUCAAAGAGGGUGAUGAGGGUACAGAUAAUGAGGCAGAAGAUGGGUAUUCAUCCUGAUCAGAGGAAUCUUGCGCCUGGUUGUUUGCACCCAUCACAGGCGCAGGUGUUUCAAAGUAUAUCAGCGAUGAAUGGUUUGAGGGAAUCAAGUUUUGAGUCAAUCAUCGCUACUGGAAACCCGCCCCGUCCUUGUGCUCAGCCUGCGGGUUCUCAAAACGGGAUACGUCUCAUUCCACCCUCCUUCAUGCCUUUCUUGUCCCCCAAUCCGCGCCAGGAGAUGGAUUUGGAGUCGGACGAGGUCAUGAGCGACGCUUCAUGA